GCGGAGACUGUCCUCUUGCUUCCGCGUUUCCCUCUCACUUCUCUCAUUGCACAGCACGCCGGUAAUUUUGGUCACGUUUCCAAYCCUUCAUCCUUAUUUAUUCCCUUUUUAGUUCUACCUGUUGCGAGUUUAUUAAAACGGCUUUACAACAUUUAGUGGGACCCACACAACCCAGUCCUACAUAAUCGGGGGUUGUCGACUGGCUCAUCCAUGUAUUGGAGUCCUGGGCCCCAGCGCACCGGCUCCGGCUUCAGCCAUGUCGGCACAGAACGCAGCGGCUGGCGGCGGUGACAGAGCGGGAAGCGAACCGGCAGAUGACAUGCUGGUUGAGGAAGAACAGAACAAUUCUCUGCCCAGCUUGAUGACCCCAUCUAUAACAUCUGGUCUGUCCUCAAGUAUGGACAUGCCAAGGAAGCGCAAGGGAAGCACAGACAACCAGGAUUCAAAAUUGGCUAUGAUUAACGAUGCAGAUAUGGAAGAUGAUCAAAACAGGUCAGACGGAGAGGACCAACAUGUCAAAAUUAAAUGCUUCAGGGAACCACACAGCCAAAUUGAGAAGAGGAGACGAGACAAAAUGAACAAUCUUAUUGACAAACUUUCAGCCAUGAUCCCCACGUGUAACCCCAUGUCCCGUAAACUGGACAAACUCACGGUGCUCAGAAUGGCAGUGCAGCACCUCAAAUCCCUCAAAGGUUCAGCGAGCUCCUUUUCUGAAGCGAGCUACAAACCGUCAUUUCUUCCUGAUGAAGAGCUUAAACACCUUGUCCUCAAGGCUGCAGAUGGGUUCCUGUUUGUAGUGGGCUGUGAUCGCGGGAAAAUAGUUUUUGUCUCAGAGUCCGUCACAAAGAUAUUAAAUUAUAGUCGGACGGAGCUGAUUGGACAGAGCCUGUUUGACUAUAUACACCCCAAGGACAUGGGAAAAGUGAAGGAGCAACUGUCUGCUUCUGAAUUGCACCCUCGUGAGCGGCUAAUAGAUGCUAAAACUGGUCUGCAGGUUCAGGCUGACCUUCCCAUCGGUGCGUCACGGUUGUGCUCAGGCGCUCGGCGCUCCUUCUUUUGUCGCAUGAAGUACAACAAAAUACCUGUGAAAAUUGAAGAAAAGGAAACGCAGGCAAACACCUCUAAAAAGAAAGAGUCACAGAAAUACUGCACAGUCCACUGCACCGGCUACAUGCGCAGUUGGCCAACCAGUCAAAUGGGAGCAGAGGGGGAAGGWGAGGGGGACAAGCAGGACAGCUCCUACUUUAGCUGCCUGGUGGCGGUGGGACGCGUCCAUUCACACUCGGCUCCGCAAGUUAACGGAGAAGUCCGAGUUAAACCCACCAAGUUUGUUACACGCUACGCCAUGGAUGGAAAAUUCACCUUUGUUGAUCAAAGAGCAACAACCAUUUUGGGUUAUCUUCCCCAAGAAUUGCUUGGAACGUCGUGCUACGAGUACUUCCAUCAAGAUGACUUACUACAUUUAGCCGAUCGACAUCGAAAAGUCUUGCGAAGUCGAGAGAAAAUAGAGACAAACUGCUAUAAAUUCAAAACAAAAUAUGGUUCUUUUGUCACUCUGCAAAGUCAGUGGUUUAGUUUUGUCAAUCCUUGGAACAAAGAAGUUGAAUACAUAGUGUCAACCAACACAGUAAUAUCGUACGACAACAGUCGAACAACGCGGUCUGGACAUAAGUCUGAACAGUCGGGCAAUUCCAAGGCUUCAGAAGACUGCAAGAAGUCCCUUCCAGUUAUACCUGGCAUCUCCUCUGCAUCUGGAACUAUGAUAUAUGCCGGAAGCAUUGGGACGCAGAUAGCUAAUGAGCUGCUGGAUUUCAACAAGCUGAAUUCAUCACCUUCUAGUGGGAACGUCAGUCCAUUCAGUCUGGCACAGGAUAAAUCUCCCCAAACGCUCAGUCAGAUCACCAACAGUGUGCCAAACGGAGAAACUUCUGACAUGGAAAUCCCAGGAAAGUCAAGCUCAGAGGGUGAAACUCCAGGGGCUUCAUUCCCAGGCGGAGACUCGCUGAUGGGGGAGAAUUCCCAGCUGGAUUUGGACAGUGUUGUCGGACCCGGCCUGAACAGUUUCAGCACCGACGAAGCGGCCAUGGCGGUGAUCAUGAGCCUGCUGGAGACCGACACAAACUUGGGAGAAGCCGUAGACUUCGAAGAGAUGCACUGGUCUUUAUAAAACCUGUAUAACAGCUGCUGUGGGGAAACAUUUGAGUGAUCGGUUUCUUUGUGACAGGAAUGCUAACUCCAAAAGGCAGCAUUUAUGAUUUUUUUUUUUUUUUUUGUAGAGACUUUAAAUAAUUAGUUAACCCCUUUCAUCAUAAGCUUUAUAGUUUCUUGGCGACUGCUCUCCCAAGAUCAGGAGUGGUGACCAUAUGGGACACUUUCCCUCCUCAGACGGAGGAUAUUCCUCUUGAACCUGGCAGCAGUUUCUCACUAGAUAAAAGUUUUAACAAGUUGAGACAAAAAGUUGAAUUCUCAACUUUUUAUUCCUCCAUCCCACUUUGAAAAAGAUUUAGGUAUGAAAAUGCAAAAAAAAACAAAAAWAAMACAAUGAACUGAYAGGUUGCUACUGUUUGAAUACUAAAAAAAAGGACAUGAGGAUGACAGCCUGGUCCCUCUCUGUAAAGCCUCAGGAUCCAAAGCGUUGGAGCGCACCAUGGCAGGCCAACCUCUGUAACAUCUACCUUUUGAGAGUCAACUCUUAUAUGGAUGCUUGGAGGGUUUCUCUUGUCAGUAUCAGAACAUAUUUCAAAAACAGCAGCCCUUGUAAAGCUCUUCUCUUCUACACUGAUCUAUAUAUGCUGUAUUUUUGGGGUUAAUGAGGGCAAACACCACAUUUUCAGACCACAUGUGUCUUAAAGGGACAGUUUGCAAAGAAGGCCCCAGUUUAAUAACUUCAGCAUCAGACAUGGAGCAGGUUGGGAUAUGAUAUUUGUCCUUAUACAUUUAGAACAAUAGUAGAGUAGGUCAACUUCGUUCUAAGCAAAAACAAACAAAAAUAAAACAUUUCAAAAGUGGUGACUAAGAGGUUUGGUAGCAACUCACUUUAAAUUUGGUCAGUCUGUGUUAAAGCUGAAUCAGAGGGAUGAUACAGGAGAUAAUUCAGGGAGUUAAAGGACUUCCAGACUCCCCCGCUUUCUCUGACUGCACCAGUUCGCCUGUGUGUUCUUAUGCAACACCAGCUUCAUAGUUUUGCCGGUAAGCUUUAGCUUUAGGCUUGUUUCUUAAUUUUUUAUAUAUUUUUUUUUAUGUACAUUUAUGCACUGACCUGUUUCCGAAGACGUGUUAAUGUUUUUUGUGCUUACUGGGUGCACACUGGGUUGUCUCAUAAAGCUCCGGUCAGAAGUUUACAUACAUUCCUUGUCUGCAUGAAUGUCGUAUUAUUUGAAGUUUCAAAGCUUCAUUUAAACCGYCCCCCCCCCAAGGAUUGCGUUCACAAGUUGUACAUUUAUUGCGACCACUGAAUUCUCACCCUGACCUCAACUCUUAAAAUAUUUCUAAUUCGUUUUUAAAAGCCAGAUCUAUGUCGGGGAAACCAGUGACAAUUACUGAACCCUACAAAUUUUGCCAAGGAGAGUGCAAUAGUAGACCAKAAUCUUGUUGCUAGCUAGCAGUACUUGGUGGUUCAGGUGCAACUUGUGAAGCAAUGUUAAGCCAAAUAACAGUGAGGGUUUUUUUUUGUAUAUUUGAGGCUGUAUGAAUUAAAAAGAACUUUAUCUUGUCUUUAAAACUAAUUGAAGUAGUGUGACCCAACAUCUUCUCACCCUGUUUAAAGACGGGUUCAAAUGUAUCAUCAACGACAUGAAUUCUAUGUGUGUAUGUAAACUUUUGACCAGAACAGUGCUUUCUUUAAGGGAUUGUGCUAUGCAGAACUAUCAUUCCUCACGUUUCUACAUUUAAAUUUGUCCUGUGUCGUUUUCUCUCUACAUAGUGGUUUGUGCAUGCAACUUUUGAGUCCCUGAACUUUUCUGAAUCCUGUUGCUAUUUACCUCAUGUAGAGUUUUGACUUUCUGAUGCUUAGAAUUGCACAUUUUAUUGCACAUUUUAAUAAUGGUGAUAGCCAUUAUUAUGGCUAUCACCAUAACAAUGGUGAUAAUCUGUUUUGCUGGUGAUACACUGUAUUGUCCCAUUGGGUUUGAAUUUUAUUAUGUAAUCACCAAAAUUCCCUCAAAAUUAACAAAAUUUAUGCUAAUAACAGCUAUUGCUGAAUUUAUGUAUAUCUAUAUGUAAACUCGUUGAAAGAAGGCUAAUUUAUUGGUUGUUUUAUUGUAUAAAAACAUUUUCUUAAAAUAUUAAAUGCCAAACUAUAGAUGCUGUGCUAAGUUAAUGGCUAAAGAAGUAUCAUUAGCCAUUGACAAUUUCAUUUUACAAGUUAUAGCCACAAAUAUAACAUUUUCUAUUCUAAGUGUUGAACAUUGGAAAGAAAAUUGUACAAUUUUUAAAUAUUUUUGUCAGAAAUUUGUGUAUGUCUAUUUUACCCUAUAUAAAUAAUAUCUAAUAUACUGGCACCUAAGCAUUAGAUGGAAUUGUUUGUCUUGUUUGGUAUCUCGGGCCACAAUUUAAUGAUUUCUUGAGGACUGUUAAGUUUUUAUCCCCAAUAAGAACUCUUGUUUCAUGGAUGGAAAAGGUUGGGAAUUAUGAAGAAUACUGUCUUGUCUUAUUAAGCUUGAAUUAUGAGGAGCCAGUCAACGGAGCAGCUGAAUUCACAGGGACCCCCCACCCCUCGCCCCACCCCACCCCUCGCCCCACCCUGCCUGUGUCCGAAGUGCCUUUGGACAUUUCUGCUCGGACACAUAAUGAAACCUGUGUUGUUGGGUUUUUUCUGUUUUACUUGGAGGCGCCUCUGUGGACUGAACGGAGGGCUAAACUGCAUAUCUUUGGAUUAACUUGAAGUGCCAUCCAUGGCAUGCUGUGCCCAGCAAUGGAUGAUGUGGAAACCUGUGCAGAGAUGGACGCAGCAGCUGCACAUGUUGGCUUCAGAACUCACUACCUAACCAAACACACAGCGCUAAGGAGUCAUGCCAUGGAUGGAGGUCCUUUUUUUUUUUCUUUUUGUAAGGCUGUUUGGUAUUGUUUCUGUGCAGCUUCCUCCGUUGUUCCUCUGUUGUGGUCGUCGUUUUCUCAGAAAGAUAAUAUAUURCUCUCAUGUCAGCCUGUUUUGCUGUGACAGAGUGAUUGACCUUUUCACAGAGUUUUGCUUCGACUCCAUUUGAAAUAAAAUGUAGUUUUUGUAA